CCCCCCAAUGAGCGAGACAGCCUGUUCGGAAGAAGAGUCGCGAGGGGAUGGACUGGCUUGACUGGGAGAAGAUCGAAUCGAAUGGUCGUAAGAGGGGACGAUGGGGUGAUGAGCCAGCGAAUAGCCACAUCGAGUUAGGGGGCUGCAGCGCCUGUUUGCUCCCUCGCAGCAGAACGGAUGCCGCUUAGGGUUAGCCGGGCAGAAUUAGUCCCGUGUAGGUGUAGGUUGUGCAAAGUUCAAGCAAUUGCACGAAUGUUGUUUAUCGGCGUGCAGCGUUUGGCGUCAAAUCGCGUUGAGCCGCCUCCGGGCAGUCGGACGCCGCCAGGCUCUCCAUGCUGUACUGGUGCUAUCUGGUGCACCGCUGCUGGACUGAUGGGAUCAAUGGAUCCAUGGAUGCGUGCUGCAGGUCGCACCAACGAGAGCAGGGAAAGAAAAAAGAGCGCAUUUGGUCCAUUGCAGCCACGGCACAGCGCGGUCGGAUGCGUGCAUGCGUGUGAAUAUGGGCGGGCAAGGAUGCCGUCUCUCUCACUCUCUCUUGUUCCUUUUCUUUUUCUUCCUGUCCAAGAGGCGAGACCGCCCGUAUUUCAAGCCCAGACAACCCGAGGUGGCCUCCCAGGACUGCCGAUGCCGCCUGCAGCCGUGAUUGGCAGACGGCGGGGACCGCUGCAGCACCAAUGCGUGAGGGCCUUUUGGGGGGGAGUUUUAGAGGGUGGCAACGCGGGAUGGCAGCUAGACAGGGCUUGACAGGGUUUUUGUUUAGGCUGCGACUCCGCUGUUUCGGCCGCACAACUGCACCGCGAAGGCGCUGCGCCGGCUGGAGCGGCUUGGGGCGACGGCCAAUCAGGAGGCGGCAGCCUAGCCUAGCGCUGCUGGCUGAGUUUCGCAC